UUAUUUGUGUCAUUUAGACACCCUAUUUUCAAUCCCAAUUUCCAAAAUUUUCCAAAAAACAGAGAAAACAAAAAUAGAAAAUUUCUCAAACUGUUUCCUUUUCUUUACUCCCCUCUCUCAAAAGCAACUCUCAUUCUCACUACUCAUUCUCAUCCCCAACCUAUCCCAUCCUAACCACCAAAACCCAACAAAGAAAAAAAAAGGAAAAAAAAAAAAUAAAUGGAAACUUUAUCAUUUAUAAUAAUUUGUUGAUUGUAUAUAUAUAUAUAUAGAGAAACGCUUAAAUUUGUGGGUGAGGAAGAAACUAGAGUUUUGAAGAAGAAAGAAAAUGUCUAUAAGGAGUAUGAUUCAAGACAUAAGGAUGUCAAGGCCCCAAAGGGUCAUUCAGGACGGUUCGCCGGCGACUCGGGCUGAGUUAUGCGAUGGACUCAGUCAGAGCUGUUGGGCCAACAUGCCUCAGGAGCUUCUCAGGGAAGUACUGCUCAAAAUCGAGUCUUCUGAGUCCGCCUGGCCGGUGAGGAAGAGCGUCGUGGCUUGUGCAGGUGUUUGCCGGAGCUGGAGAGUGAUAACCAAGGAGAUCGUCAAGACCCCUGAACUCUCUGCAAAGUUGACCUUUCCUAUCUCCGUCAAGCAGCCUGGUCCAAGGGAUGUUCUCCUCCAAUGCUUUAUAAAACGGAAUCGUUCCAACCAAACUUAUUUUCUUUACCUAAGUUUGACAAAUGCACUAACUGAUGAUGGGAAAUUCCUUCUUGCUGCCCGCAAAUGUAGACGCCCCACAUGCACUGAUUAUAUCAUCUCUCUGCAUGCUGAUGAUAUGUCAAAGGGGAGUAGCACCUAUAUUGGGAAACUGAGAUCAAAUUUUCUGGGAACCAAGUUCACAAUCUUUGAUGGGCAGCCGCCAUGUGCUGGAGCCAAGGUUAUAAAAAGCCGCUCUACUAGGCUGGUGAACUUGAAACAGGUUUCACCUAGGGUCCCUGCUGGAAACUACCCUGUGGCUCAUAUUUCAUAUGAGCUAAAUGUGUUGGGUUCCAGCAGGGGUCCUAGGAGAAUGCAGUGUAUCAUGGAUGCUAUUCCUUCCUCUGCAAUUGAACAUGGAGGAGUAGCCCCUACACAAACAGAGCUUUCUCUUAGCAAUGUAGAUUCCUUUCCUUCACUCCCAUUUUUCCGAUCAAAGUCAAACCGCACAGAAAAUUUGCUAUCAGGACCUUUGGCUAGCCAAAAAGAUGGAGUGGUGGUGUUAAGAAACAAGUCUCCUAGAUGGCAUGAGCAACUCCAGUGUUGGUGUUUGAACUUUCAUGGACGAGUAACGGUUGCUUCAGUGAAAAACUUUCAAUUGGUGGCUUCUCCUGAGAAUGGACCAGCUGGGCCAGAACAUGAGAAGAUCAUCCUCCAGUUUGGAAAAGUAGGGAAAGACUUAUUUACCAUGGAUUACCGGUAUCCAAUUUCGGCAUUUCAGGCCUUUGCAAUCUGCCUCAGCAGCUUUGACACCAAGAUUGCUUGUGAAUGAUACAUGUAAGAAUCAGGAGCAGGAAAGGAUUGUAAGCUAUGUAUUAUGUAGAAUGCUAUAAAAUUUUCUUUUGAAGGUGAUUUCCAUGCUGGUUUGGUAUGCAGACGAUGCAAGACAACUGCUAUAACUCAUUUCUGGGUUUUGCUUUUGCCGGCUGGAGCCUUGAUUUGUCAAAUUGGGAAGAGCUCGUAAAAUUAAGAUUAGAUGAAGAACUUUGGAACAUAGCCAACCAUAAUGUUUCUUGUGCUGUAUAUUUUGUUUUUUUUCCCAUGUAAAUAGUAACAAUACCAUCCAGAAAUUUGGCUUAUCCUGUAAUUCAAUGUUGGCUCAUCAUGUUUCACAGUGUUAAUAUUACGUUUUAUUUUAUUUUAUUUUAUUUUUGGUA